CUUAGCAGACAAUGGCUACGAGCCUUCUGCGUUAAGACCACCGGGACAAAGCCUGCUAUUGCAUUUUGACAGGUGAAUUGUUAUCGAAUGUUUACUCCAAAGUUCAUCUUGCAGUUUAAAACAGUAUCACAGAUCAGAUCAUCUUUGGCUAAGUCAAAAACAAUGAAACAAUGACCCUCUCACACCUCUCUGUGGCAUGAACGUGUCGGGAUUUAGUCCAGAAAAACGAGUUCAAGACUAUAACAGUGUUUUGCUGUACGUGCCGACGGACUUUGUGCGACGUUUAUAUGUUAUGCUGGUAUAAACCACGGUGCAUUCGGUCAUAUAGACAUGGACGAAUCUUCAAGUUUCCGACCUACGCAAGUUAUUUUUUUCACGUAGACUCUUCCGGAACUGUCGGAAACGGAACUUGCGCGUUUACGCGAGACAUUUAAGAUGUUUGACCUUGAUAACAGCGGCAAGGUUACAGCGGAGAACCUCACCCUGGUAAUGCGGGCCUUAGGACAGAAUCCCACAAAGGUGGAAGUGGAGGAUCUGUUAAAAGACAAAGACAUAGACGGAGACGGAAUGAUCAACUUUGACGACUUUACAAAAAUGAUGAGAGUAAAGAUGGCAACAACGGAGGUAGAAGCGGAACUAAGCCAUGCGUUUAAAAUGUUUGAUAGAGACAAUAGCGGCAAAAUAAAUUUCGAGGAGCUCCGAGUGGCGUUGACCUGUAUCGGUGAGAAGCUUACAGACGACGAGGUCAAGGAUAUGCUCGCGGAGGCUGAUAGGAAUGGGGAUGGCGAGAUCGAUUAUGAAGAGUUUGUACAAAUGAUGUCCCACUGACACAGAUAACGCCUUAUCAACAUCAGACAGGAUGCAUCCGGGGAAGCCUUCCAAUGGGACACCAUGCCUGAUUUAUACGUUGCUUAUAACUAACAAUGGAAGUAAUUUAGCAAUAAUUAAUAAUAAUAAUCCUCAGUAUUAUAUGUCAUCGUAUUUCUAUAUUAAUUAAAUCACUUUGUAACUUAUGUUAUCUUUCACGUGUGGAAACCAUUGAUUAAAGAAGAAAAUAUUGUAAUUCUCUGCUGAAACAACUAGACACAUGAGAGAAGACAGACUGUAUGAGAGAGAACAGGACUGUAUGGGAGAGAACAGGACUAUAUGAGAGAAAGCAGGACUGUAUGAGAGAAGACAGGACUGUAUGAGAGAAGACAGUACUAUGAGAGAGAAGACAGGACUGUAUGAGAGAAGACAGGACUGUAUGAGAGAAGACAAGAAUGUAUGAGUGAGGACAGGACUGUAUGAGAGAAGACAUGACUGUAUGAGAGAAGACAGGACUGUAUGAGAGAGAACAGGACUGUAUGGGAGAGGACAGGACUAUAUGAGAGAAGACAGGACUGUAUGAGAGAAGACAGGACUGUAUGAGAGAGGACAGGACUGUAUGAAAGAAGACAGUACUCUAUGAGAGAAGACAGGACUGUAUGAGAGAAGACAGGACUGUAUGAGAGAG